AUAAAAUACGGCCUCCUGCCAUUAGAUUUUAGAGCUGUGUGUGCAGUAGCAGGUGGUGACACAGUUCAAAACCAUGGUUAUACUUGAAGCCUUGGAUCUGAGCUCUGCUAAUCGGUGUUUGAUUCUAUCUGCCAAAUGCACAGCUGAUGUAUUAGAUGCACGCUCCCUCUGUUUGCUGUGCGCACUCCUCCACAGCUGGAUCCGUUCUAGCUUGCAAAGUGACUCUUAAAAUGGGAUGCAGGGCGAGGUGGCCAAGUCUUGUGUGUCUGCGGGAUAGUGCCCGUUACCAGGUGUUCUUUCGUUCCUUCCACCGGAGCAGCCCCCGUCCUCGUGUACUCGGAUCGCUUGUAAGAACGCUGGGAUUAAUCCCCUCUCCUCUUCUACGGGAUGUCUGCAGACGGGAACCGCACAGUUCCCGUUCCCCUGCUUGGCUCUCUGCGAGCAGAGCUCUACGGCUGCAGGUUUCGCCAGGGCAGGAGGGGGCUCGGCGCCGGGCCGCUGUGCUGCGGAGCGAGCGGCGGGCAGGGGGCGCCGCGCAGGCGCGGGUCGCGCUGCGGGCGGCGAUGCGGGCGCUGUGGGCGCUGCUGGCCGCGCUGCGCGCCGGGUGGUGCCUGCUGCCGCAGGCCGGCUACCUGCACCCCGACGAGUUCUUCCAGGCGCCGGAGGUGAUGGCAGGAGAUAUUUUAAACCUACAGGUCUAUUAUCCUUGGGAGUUCCUUUCCAGCUCUCCUUGCAGAACGGUUGUUUUCCCUUUAAUGACCUCUGGAGUUACCUACUGGGUGAUCAAGGCUCUGCAGCAGCUGGACCUAUGUUCAAGUUGCAUCAACAGCUACACGCUUCUUGUGUCACCUCGCCUUCUCUUUACAAUCUUUUCUUUCAUACUCGACUAUAGUGUUUAUCGAUUAGCUCCUUUCUGGGAAGCGGAUCCAUGGAAAGCGCUGGUACUUCUUGCCGGAUCAUACGUUACUCUGGUAUUUUACACAAGGACGUUUACCAACACACUUGAAGGACUUCUCUUGGCUCUUCUGAUGGUAUCGGUUUCCCCAGGGAAGUCUGGUGGUGGCUUAACGCAGCCUGCGAGCAGCCCUCUCAUAGGUAUUGUAACAACUGCUGGGUUUUUCAACAGGCCAACUUUUCUGGCGUUUGCGCUAAUGCCCCUGCUUUACUGGGCAGGUUCAAUUGUCAGCUCUCAAAAGAGCAUUAAAACUGUCAUACACCACUUUCUGAAGCUUGUCCUAUGUGCAUGUUUUACUGCUGCUGUUUUUGUAACGGCUGACACCACCUAUUUUACCUCCAUGGGCUUAGACAACCUCUACAGCAUUAAAGAAAGCCCAUUUGAAGUAAUAGCUCAAUUACAUGAGAAAAUGGUAGUCACACCUUUAAAUUUUCUCAGCUAUAAUCUUAAUUCUUCUAAUCUUGCACUGCACGGAAGUCACCCACGAGUUACACAUUUUGCAGUCAACGGAAUAAUGCUCUUUGGGAUCUUGCAUAUUCUGGCCAUUGGUGCUGGUUUUAAAAUGUUAAAGAAAUGUAUGCAGCAAUUAAUAGAGGUUACCCCAAACCACCAUGGCUCACCUGGGCUAUUAGCGCAUUCUGAGGGCAAUCCCACAUUACUGCUGUUUUAUUUUGUUCCUUUGGUAUGUCUCUCCCUGUUCAGUCACCAAGAACCUCGGUUCCUCAUUCCCCUCAUCUUGCCAUUAGUCCUGUUCAGCGCAUCUCAGAACAGAGCUGUGAAGUGGAAACCUGUCAUUGUUAUUUUCAAUAUUCUCGGGGCUUUGCUGUUUGGGUGCUUACACCAGGGAGGACUGAUACCGUGUUUGUUUCACUUGGAGCAACUUAUGCACUCUCCGGAGUCCUCAAACCACCCAAGACACUAUACUCUGCUCUUCGCUCACACCUACAUGCCUCCUAGGUCUCUGCUUAAUAUCAAGAAGAGUGACACGCAUAUAGAUGUCAUCGAUAUGGCUGGGUCUGAAGAAGAAACCCUCUGCCAAACAGUAGAGCAGCAAGCAAACAACUUUACCUGCAGUGACUGUCAUGUUUUUGUUAUAAUCCCUGGUACAGUCAGAGCUACGCUUACAAAAUGUGGUGUCUCAUUCAAGAAUGAGACUUUGAUAUUUCCACACUUAUCAAUGGAAGACCCACCACAAGUACCCUUCCUAUUCAGUGGGGACUGGAGAAGUCAGUUAGGACUAUACAUCCUUCAGGUAGACAGAGAACAGCAGAGCCUUUAGAUCUUAGGAGAACAGUGUUUCCCUUUUUCACAUCACUUGGGCCCAAAGCGACUGCAAGACCUUCCUCUUCCCAGACCCACCUUCAGCACAAGUAGUGGCACUGUGAGCUCCCCUGUGUCUCUGUUCCCUUUCUUCUUCAUGCUGUUACACCCUCCGGUACAGCCAGUUCUGUGAUUCAGGCAGAGUGCUUUCUGUGUGAUUGAUUUCUGGAAGUUCCCAUAAGCUCUGACAGAGAGUUUGUGGAUGGUGGUGUUAUUUUACUGAUAAUAGGCAUUAACUCAGCUGCUGGAGAGAGGUUGCAGAACUAGACAAAAGCUGGUCUGACUCAUUAAGGUUCUGGUUUUAUGCUUUUUAAAAGAGCCUCUUCUCAGUCCUUAUACCAGGCUGCAGCCACAAUGCAGGAACCAGUAAUGUAAUAUUGUGUUGGGUGAUUCUGUCUUGAAAAAUCCUCAGUGUUGACCUGACAGAAUCUGAUUUACAACAUGGAAGAUGCUUCAGCGUAAGUACUUGUGCUAAAUCCUAAAAUCCGAGCUUUGCCUGCUUAGUGUGCCUCGCCCCAGUUCCACUCGUAUGGACGCACUACAUCCAUAUGACAUUCAGCAGCCUGAGGAUACCUUCUGGUGGUGUAAAACCCGCCUGCUGGUUAGCGGCUGCUAACGGGGCGGUCCUUCCCCUGCACCUCUCCCAGUUUUCCUCACUCCGGCAACGAAGCAGAGCAGGCUCUGCAGUGAGCUGGCUCCGGGGGCUGCACAGCUAGAAAACGGGUAAGUUGCGGGGACUUGAUGCGUUUCACCAUAUCUCCGAACUGGCUAACCGCUAGGUUAGACAUUCACCGCCUCUGCGGCAGGGGAGCGUAGGAGGAGCCGCAUCCCUACACCCCUCCCCUUUCACUGACAGCUCCCCAUUAAAUCAGUUCAGUGAGAAUGACAGACAUCCUGUCUCUGUGUUGGAGAGCAGCUGGAUUUUUAAAGUGGGAUAAAAAUAACCCUGAUCUUCAGCGAAGAAUGAUGUAUAUGCUUAACAACGUAGCACAUUUUUCAUCUUUGCCUGUGUGAACUUCUGGAUCCAAACCAUCCUGACAUGGAUUGAGUUAAGAAUUUGGCAUACGCAUUGCAGGUCAAGCCUCUCCCUGUGAGAUGAAUCUGAACUUGAACUGUUUCUGCUCACACAGGCUUUCUGCAGUUUGCUAUCCACACAGCUUUACGUAAGUUUUACCAAUAGAGACAAGAAUAACAUUGAUGCCAGAUUCUAAAGGCAAGCUAGGAAAAAUCCGUGUGAAAGACUUGCCUGUUGCCUUCAAACUAUAUGUAUGAUCUAGAUUUGUAAGGAACUGCUCUUGCUCUCAUGAAGCAUUUUAUAUUGUCUCCUGUAUGUGUUCAUCCUACAUCCUUCAUCCCUCAUUACUGACAGGCCUGUAAACUAAAAAUGCAUGUUUUGGGGAGAGGUAAGGGAGAGCUGGUGCGGUGUGUGUAUGUGUGUACUGAUGAUUCACUAAGUAGUGGAAGUCACUUUGAAAGCAUCAUGACACCAAAUGUAUUUUCCCAGUUAAUUUCGUUUUCCUUUUUUACAUUGGGACUACAGCCGUGUGCCACAGCUGGUACUCCAUGUCCUGCUUAUUGUUUCCAGCAUUCUUGAACAGCUAAAGUUUUGAAAAUUAUUUUCAUAGAACUUAUGAUCCCUGGUAAUCUCGGCGGGGCAGAUCUCUAAACUCGUCAGUGAUGUGAUGGAGCACCAUUCCCACGGCACGACAACCUCUCUACCACUGCACAGGUAACCUGUGAUACAGCCAGGGAGAGAACCUGGACUGCAAAUGCUAACUUGGACUGAACAUACCCUGCUUUUGUCACACCACCCAGAUCUUUUGUCAAUUUACAAAUGUGUGCAGUUUUCUCAUCUAUGCACACCUAAGUCUUUGUUGGUGGGAGGUAGCUCAGAUAAUCUGCAAGGUUCUUUUCACCUAGGGCAAUACGAAGGAUGGACAUCAUCCUCCACAGUUAACCAAAGCAUCUCAUCAGCCAGACCAAACAGUGAAACAUGUAGUGAAGGAACGUGAACUAUUUUAAUCUUGUACCUUGUUAGAUACAGAAACUUCAGUAAACAAUCCCAGUGCAUCACAUAUGAUGGAUACACCCUUUUCUGUAUUUAUACUUAAUUUAAAUAUUCUUUUUCCAUAUUUCUAGUUAGGAUGGCUCUAUUGGUCAUUUUUUUUCCCCAAAAAACCCUUCUUGCUACCACAGACUUGAGGUGUGCCAUCAGGAUCGCUACCUACCUGUAAAAUGGGCGGUUAUUCUAUCCAUCAUCACUCGGAGCUUUUUGUAUCAAAGCUGUACCAAGCACGGAGCAUUUACUGCCGUACAGACAGACACUGUUAA